AUGAAACCCAACAUCAGUCGCUUCUCUUGUUCGGUUAUAUUGGUGAAGAAGAAAGACGGCAGCUGGCGAUUCUGUGUGGACUACAGGGCGCUUAACAAGAAAAUUGUACCUCACAAGUUUCCUAUACCAGUUAUUGAUGUGGUAUUAGAUGAAUUGAGUGGAACAGUGAUCUUUAGCAUGAUAGAUUUGAAAUCAGAAUACCAUCAGAUCCGAAUGAAGGAGGAUGUGCCCAAGACUGCCUUCAAAACUCACGAGGAUCACUAUGAGUUCCUGAUGAUGUCUUUUGACCUCACCAAUGCUCCAUCGACUUUUCAGGCACUUAUGAAUAAGAGCCAGGUUGAAGUCAGUCUACAAGAGAGAGUUAAUGACCAUCCAGAAGUGGCGGCCCUAUCUACUUGGGAGGCAUUUCAUUGUCAGGACAGAUCAGUGGAGCUUGAAAUACCAACUGGAACAGCGGAUGGUAACAAAGGAGCAUCAGAGAUAAGGAGUGGAGAACAAGGUGGAAAACGUCUUGUCCAGAUGUAUGGUGGAGCUGCAGACAGUGGCACUAUAUGUUCCUUUAAUGCUAGGUUGGGAGGCCAUCAGAGGGAUGAUGAUCUGGGGAAGAUCUGGGCAGAUUUACUGAGAAAAGAGGGUAGCCACCCAGGAUACUCAUUGGAGGGGGGCAGAUUGCUAUACCAGGGGAGGUUUGUGAUGCCCCAGACUUCGAUUCACAUCCCAAACUUAUUCCAGGAGUUUCAUGGAAGUGAUAUUUGGGGCCAUUCAGGAGUGCAGAAGACAUACAUGAGGCUAGCUUCGGAGCAUUACUGGAAGGGAAUGCAUAAAGAUGUAGAGGAGAUGGUGGCCAGAUGUGAGAGCCAACGACUUUCAUUGCUGUGGAAGAAAGAUCGUAAAUCGUCGAAGGAGGACAAGAGGAAUAAGAAGCGACCGGAAGGCAAAGUUGGAAGCCGAAGAAGGAAAAAGGAAGAAGAAAACCGACGCUAA